AUGUCAGCACCCGCCAGAUUCCUCCCCCGCCUCCGGCCUGUCGUGUCGCGCGCUGCUCGUGUGCCUCGCGGUGCCUUCAUCACGAGCCAGUCGCAAACCGGCCCGGCUCCGAUCGAACCCUCUCAUACCCAAGCCCACCCGCUAGGCCCUUACUACGAUGCGAUUCUCAACGACCCCCAACCCAUCCCCGAUGUGAAGCCCGAGGAGCCCCCAAACUCCUCCGUCCACAAGCAGGAGCAAGGCCGUAAGACGUCGCCUCCCUCCCCAUACCCAACCCCGGAGCCCGUUGCUGAAGCUCUCUCCGCACAGCCGGUGCCGACGCCGCCGCCCCAAACCGCGGCUGAAAAGGCCGCCAUUGUCUUCGGCUCCGCCCUGGCCGGCCCCGCCGCGCGCCAGAAGCGUCUCGAGGAGAUGCGCUCCAAGAGCACGACGAUAGCUGGCGUCAUUAUCCCGCCACGGCCGGAGGAACCGGAUAACUGCUGCAUGAGUGGCUGCGUCAACUGCGUGUGGGAACGGUACAGGGAGGAGAUGGAAGACUGGUCGGCGGCGAAUGCGGAGGCACAGCUGAAGUUGAGAGAGCGACAAGGCGCGAGCGGUUCUAUUACCAUGGACGACGACGGCGGCGGUUCCGAUACCAACUGGGUGCCCCAGGAUCCCAAGAUCGCCAAGAAUAUGUGGGAUGAGAAGCUUUACGACGAUGUUCCCGUAGGCAUCCGAGAGUUUAUGAAGACGGAGAAGAAGUUGAAAGCCGUGCAUGAAAAAGAGGGUACAACUGGGGGCUGA